AUGCAUGCACCAGAUGUGAGUUUUCUCGAAAAUGGAUCUGAAGCGAUGGCUAAUGCCGUUGCAUCUAUUGAUGAAGCACUAGCCGGAAUUAGCCGCUGGAAGUUGAUCGUGAUAACUGUUUGUGCUGUGAUUGUUGCCCAGCGACUUCAACGUUUAUGGAGAGCAUCUGAACGGCCAGUACAUUCACGUAUUGUUUCCGCAGCUUUUUCGGUUCUUCGCCACUUGCCACCUAUUCGGAAAAAAAUUGAAAAUGAGCUAGAAGAAAUGCGGCAGAAAAUUUUCCAUGAAAUUCAUAAAAAUGAUCGUACGGAGAGCUUUAUUGGAGAGCUUCCAGAAUGUGGCACGAAAACCGAGGAUAUUAUCCGUAUUGCAAGUAAGUCUUUUUUAUUUGUGGCUUCAUAA